UUUGGAGUGGCGAGUUAAUCUCCUAAUCCACACUUUUAGGGGAGAUGCGGGAGGAGACCGGAGAAAACAAGUCGAGCACUUGGACUCCACACUGGCCAGGUCACAGAAGUUGUGAGGUCAGCGUGCCCUCCCUGUUCCUCGCCAGAACCCCGAAGGUGUCGAUUCAGGGGCGGCAUUGUGCGAGCGGUAAUUCCCACUCUCCGCAGCAGGCGGCUGUCUGAGCGUAAAUUUGAAGGAAAAUUGAAGCAGCAAUGCGAGUGGGCAGCUUCCCUGUUUACCAGCAGUUCGUUCAGGGAAGUGGAGCUGCUGUCAGCCGCGCGGGCGAAGCGCACACGCUUCCUAUCGGAUUCAAAAUACAGUACCUCAGACUUUCUGCAUCAGGGUCACAUAACUUCACCAUUCAAAAUUCAGUCCCUCAAGAAAAUGGCAUCCACAUUAAGGACCUUCACCAUCUGGGACAUGCCGUCUUCUCAUCCCUACCAUCAGGGAGGAGAUACAGGAGCUUGAAGACACCCACUCAAUAUUUUAGGAACAACCUCUUUCCCUGUGACUUCAAAUUUCUGAAUGGUCCGCGAACCAUGAACACUACCUCACUCUUCCUCUUUUGAAUGAUUUAUCGUUUAUCGUAACUUACAAUUAGUGAAGACGUCUGAUAUCAAUGGAAAAAGGAAACAAGCAUGAGAAAGAAUGAUGGAAACAUAUAAGGUGGAAUUCACAGUCUAUUAGAUGGUUCUGUUAAUUUCAGACUCAUUUGCUGCUUUUGGGUAAUAAACGAAGCUGUGGUAUUGAACCUGGCCUGACAGUGAAAUGUGCUGCUGAUGCUACAUUCUUCAUAAUGAGAAUGCAAACAGGGAUACCUGUUUCAGCCGAACUUCCGUCUUCUCUCACAAAGGACUGCUGAGAGUGCAAAACGUGCCUAUGUACUGGGAAAGAAAGAUCUGUAAAGAAGAUUCCUUAACUAUGAAUUUAAAAGAAGCCUUUGUUUGAGUCUUAUGUUCUGCAACCCACAGCUACUUAACCAAAGGAAACUGAGCGGGUUAUACAGCAGUCUUGGCAUUGCCAUGAUGAGUAACAUAUCUUCAAACUUGAGUUCAUCGUUGCCAACACCCACAACCUCAACAGAAUCACCUAAUUCUAAUGGUCCAUACAUUGCGGUAUAUGUAAUCGUGCCGCUACUGGUGGUGAUUUUAAUCGCAGCUAUUCUUUAUUUGCGAUUAAAAAGAAAAAGAAAAGACAUCAUCAUUGGAGGCGAGAAGAAGAUUCCAAAUGGUAUUUUAGAAGAACAAGCAGAGCAACAGACAGUGAUGCUACUUAACCGAUCGCCCGCAAUAUUUAAGAAGUACCCGCCUAUUCCACUAGAAGCCUUGGAACAUGAAGUCCAGAAACGCUCAGCUGAUGAGUGCAAACUUUUUCGGGAGGAAUUCAAUUCUCUGCCAGUUGGAACACCACCAGCAUGUUGCGAAGCAGCAAAUAAUGAGGAGAACAAGGACAAAAACCGAUACCCCAACAUCCUGCCAGAUGACAAUUUCAGAGUAAUUUUGACAGCUAUAGAUGGAGUGCCUGGCUCAGAUUACAUUAACGCCUCAUAUGUUGAUGGUUAUAAAGUGAAGAAUAAAUUCAUAGCAGCUCAAGGUCCCAAAGAAGAGACUGUAGCUGAUUACUGGCGAAUGAUAUGGGAACAGAAAUCUGCCACCAUUGUUAUGUUAACAAAUGUAAAAGAGAAAAAGGAGGAAAAGUGUUACAAGUACUGGCCUGAUCAGGGAUUAUGGACGUAUGGGGCAAUAAGGGUCUCAGUGGAAGAUGUCACAGUGCUUGUGGAUUAUACCAUACGCAAGUUCACCAUACAGAAUCAGACGACUGGUAACAAAGCUCCUAGACUAGUGACACAGCUUCACUUCACCAGCUGGCCUGACUUUGGUGUGCCAUUUGCACCCAUUGGAAUGCUCAAAUUUCUGAAGAAGGUUAAGGCAUUGAAUCCUUCCUAUUCGGGACCUAUUGUCGUCCACUGCAGUGCUGGAGUAGGCAGAACUGGAACCUUCAUUGUUAUUGAUGCUAUGAUUGAUAUGAUGGAUGCAGAGCAGAAGGUGGAUGUCUUUGGUUUUGUGGCUCGAAUUCGCAAUCAGCGGCCACAGCUAGUUCAAACUGACAUGCAGUAUUCCUUCAUUUAUCAAGCUCUUCUUGAACAUUAUUUGUACGGUGACACAGAACUGGAUGUGAGCUCUUUAGAGAAGCACAUACAGAAGCUCCGAAAUAAAACAGGGAAGUUUGACAUCACUGGCCUAGAAGAAGAAUUUAAUAAAUUAACUACGGUCCGAAUAAGGAAGGACAAUAUGAGAACAGGGAAUAAACCGGUAAAUAUGAAAAAAGCCAGAGUCCUUCAGAUCAUUCCCUAUGAUUUCAACAGAGUUGUUCUGCCCAGGAAAAGGGGACAAGAAUUCUCAGAUUAUAUCAAUGCUUCAUACAUAGAUGGCUAUCGACAGAAGGAUUAUUUUGUUGCAACUCAAGGUCCUAUUGCUCAUACAGUGGAAGAUUUUUGGAGAAUGGUCUGGGAUUGCAAGUCUCACACAAUUGUAAUGCUGACAGAACUGAGAGAAAGAGAGCAGGAGAAGUGUUGCCAGUAUUGGCCCUCUGAGGGAUCUGUAACGUAUGGAACAUACUCAAUAGAGCUGAAGAAGGACAACAUUGCUGAUGCCUUCAGUCUCAGAGAUCUCACAGUCACAAAUACCACUGAGAACACAGAGAGGACAGUUCGACAAUUCCACUUCCACGACUGGCCUGAGAUUGGCAUUCCAGCAGAAGGUAAAGGGAUGAUCGACCUGAUUGCAGCAGUCCAGAAACAGCAGCAAAAAUCUGGCAAUCAUCCAAUCAUAGUGCACUGCAGUGCUGGUGCUGGCAGAACAGGUACUUUUAUUGCACUGAGUAACAUUCUCGAGCGAGUGAAAGCUGAAGGCCUCCUAGAUGUUUUCCAAACUGUUAAGAGCUUACGAAUGCAACGACCACAUAUGGUGCAGACAUUGGAGCAAUAUGAUUUCUGCUACAAGGUGGUGCAAGAUUUCCUUGACAUACACUCCGAUUAUGCCAACUUCAAAUAAAUAUGUUUGCCUUACAGAUUUUGUUUUUUUUUUACCUUUUAAAUUGUUAGCUGACAGGCCAGUAAAACAUUUUUUGUAUGUUAAAUUAUCAAAACUUUAUUUUGUAUUUUGCUAUGCACUUGUUGUUUAGAAAAAUAUUACUAUUAAGUUGGAGAUCAUUCCUUCUUUGGCUUGUGACUGCGCUUUAGAAGCAUUUAGGUUAUAGUAACAGGGGAGACACACUUCUAUCAGCAGUCAUGUGAUACUUCUGAGUGAAUAGAAGAUAUUUACAAUCUUUUCUUAACUUCCUGAGAAAAAACAUUAUUUAAACACAAUAGGUCAUUAUCACAUUAUUUUGAAUCUUGAAUGUACAUAAAAGUGAGAAACUACUGAUGAAACAUCAUUUGCUUUGUAAAAAUACUAUUAAUAUCUGGUGCCCCUUUCAUUGUUAAAUAAUGUGAAUUUAUAAUGUGCAUGACAGUUUGCUUUGUUUUCAAAAGGUUGGGUGUGAUACAUCUAUAAUAGAUAUAUUUUUCUAUGAAAAGUUUACAGUGUUAUAAUGUUAGUUGCAUAUUAUGAGCUUGGAUAUUUCUUUGGCAAAACUGAAGGGUUUUUUUUCUUGUAAAUAUGAUUAAUGAUACUAAACUGCUGUUCAGAAGUCUCUCCUUUUUGUAUAUUUAUAUUUUAAGUCACUCCUGUUCCUCCGCAUGGUACAGAUAUCACAUGGGCUGAUGUGGCCCUGGGACCAACCCACCUCCCUCCAAGACAAGCCUCAACUAUGACUUCUUCACCCCUUUGCUGUUGGUUGAUUAAGCCCAGUAUUGGGCAGCCUUAAUCUGGCAAACUACAUUUGGCUUCUCAGGUUUUGCCAAUCUAAUUUCAAUGAGGCUGGAACCUCAAACUCAUGGAUAUGUUAUGUGGACCAGCAGCCAAUCAGUACAUUUCACCAAUCUACCAACCAAAUCUUUACAUCAGUUCCUUGAUUACUAUGUAUCACUUUCUUGCCUCGGUUACAGGCAGACUUUUGGAAGGGUUUUAAAUAACUCUGAAGUUUUAUAUGCUUGUUAAAAUGGCAUUGCCAUAGCUUUGAUAAUAUUUGUAUAGGUGGUUGCCUUUUUAUCCGAAGUUCUAUGUUUUCAUUUGUUGGAAUGAUUAUGUUUCCGAGUGGGAAUUGUGGAAAAACGGAGUAGGUUGAUGAGGAUCUCCAGUUGGCAAAAGUCACGCUAGUUUGAUACUUCUUCAGAAGUUUUCUAUCUACAAAGUAACCUUACUAAACACCCGCAAUCAAUGUUAGUGAGAGAUAAUUCAAACUUUAUGUAGCCAAUGAGAGUAAAAGUGUAAUUGCCGAUUAUUUUUGAACAUGAACCAAGUGACAUGAUAUUGACAGUGAAGCGUUUCCUUUAUAUCCAAUGCAAAUAUAAUUCGCAAAUAAGUGAAUAUAAAUUGAAAUCUAAUGAUGAUAAAACCAAAGCUAUAGUUAGUAUUCUGAUAUUUGCUUGACUUUCAUUCUCCUCCUGUCAUGAUAGAUUGUUAUAAUAUAGAAAACGAUAGCAUGAUGUCUCUUUAAUCGAGGUCCCAAUUGCAAUACUAGGUACCACUGCUUCUUUAAGCAACAUGCCGAUUGUUUUCAAAAAAAAACUUCCUGUAUGUACUCUUCUUUAACAACAGUUUGUAGCAAAAAAAACUCUACAUUAUUUGUUUUCCUGAUUGUUUUAAUUUCUCUGAAUAUCUUAACUUUUCCUUAGUUGUAAACUAUUAUAAGUGUUACUUAAAAUAAUUCAUCAUCUUGAUGCCUAUCGGGUUAUAUUUUAUUCAUUUCAACUCUACCCAAAAAUUUUCUUGAUUCCUCCCACCUCUAAAAUUCUGGUGACUCUAGAUUGACUUUCUAAUCUUUCCGUAUCUCACUACAAUGCAUUGAAUGGGGAGUUUCCUGCUCCGUGUUUAGGCAAGAGAGUGCUGUGUCAGUGAAACAGCAGCAAUUCCUGUUCCCAUUUCCCAUUUCUGAGCUUGAAUUGAACUCUGGUGGCUUUGAUAGCACAGCCAGGAACUUCCUGGAUAAACACACAUUGGAAUACUCUGACAUCAAAUUUCCCCAGUCUGAAGGCAAAGUAACAUUCCAAGCAGAUCCCUGAGCACUUCUCAGUGAACGUCUACAACAGGGCUUGCUGAUCACUCCCAUAUCUGGUCUAUACAUAUUACUUAAAUGUGUGCUAGUAGUCCCUUCUGACAUCUAGGCUGGCAGAAUAUCCUUCCCCACAUGCAAGCUAAGUGUUGUUUUUCCCUUCUUUUCAAGUGGAAAUUGAUCUGAGACCUCUGGGAAAGACCCAGGAGGUAGAAUAUCCCACAAGUGGAAUUUAUGUUGGUAAAUAUGCUUCUAAACACCCACCUGAAUUCCAUUUCAGGAUAAAGUGCACCUCAAAAAGUCUUUUAUAUGCCAAUCAUUACCUCUUCUUCUGUACUCUGUGCCUCUAGAUGCAAAAUAAAGAAUUGCAUUUGCCUUUUAAAUAGCCUUACCUAUAUACACUGAUGCCUUUAAUGACUGCCAACCUCCUUCUGCUUGCAUAUUUAAUUUAAAAGUCUUACCCUUUGAGUUCUAUUUCUUUUUGCUAGCCCUCCUGUACUUAAUAUUUUCUACAUUUCAGUCAUCUGCUCACAAAAUUAUCCAUAUAACUUCACCUAUUAUCUAUCAUCUUUUGCACUUCUCAUCACGUAUUUGCAUAUUUUAAUAUUUUUCCAUUGAUCUAUAUCAUGCUAUACAUCUAUACAUGCUUUGUUAACAAUUGUUUCGCUUCUGUCCUCCUAAGAAUAUUCCUUGACACAUCUUUAAUUUUGGAUAAGCUGAUUGUUCUCAAUGUUAACGUCUGUGACUGGAUGUGUGUGUGUGUGUGUGUGUGUGAUUAUCAAUUCCUUUCUGAAAAACCACAUAAACCAUAUUUACUGCAGUUACUUGUCAUCACCGUUAUUUAGUUAAUACAUUCUAUAACACUGGUCCAGUGUUGCCCACCUUUGCAAAAUUUUUGCUGAUUGUCUUGUCUCUCAUUUUCUCAUGUAUCCCUAAGUGAGAGUCUUCAAUUAUUUUAAAUUGCUAACAUGAAACCUAUCACAAAUUUAAGUUUCUGACUGUUUGCACCUAUAAUUUUAUAUAAUUACAGUCAGAUCAUUUCCCAGUAGUGUCUAGAACUAUUAUAGCAUACAUUUUGGUUGCCCAGGGACUGCAUUUAAAUAAUAGAAAAAAUGUCUUUCAAACAAUGUGAAGGAAUAUUUUCAAUAUUUAAAUGUUAAUCUAUCAAUAAAAUACAAUGUUAAAGUAAUUUUCACCUAAUUAAUAGACCACUAAUUUUGUUUGGGCAUAAUACAGAAUAUUCAGAUUAUUUAAUAUUUUUCUGUAUUAUAGGAACACACUUCACAGAUGUAUACAAAAUCUUUGGGACAAAACAGCGUAGUGGUUAGCUCAAUGCUUUAGCUCAGGCGACUUGGGUUCAAAUCCCACGGCUGUUAGUAAGGAGAUUGUACGUUCUCCCAUAGGUUUGUAGGCUAAUUGGUCAUUGUAAAUUGUCCUGUGAUUAGACUAGCAUUAAAUUGAGGGAUUGCUGGGCGGCACAGCUCAAAGGGCCAGUAGGGCCUACUCUGCGCUGUAUCUCAAUAAAAAAAAAGAUUGAGAAUUAGUUCAAAAAUAUUAAUAGUUCAGAAGCUAUCAUUUGUAGUUAUGUUCCUUCACAAAAUGCAGAGUUGACAAAAUGUCUAUCAUUUUUAAGUAUCAAUAGGCAACACAUUGUGUUUGCUGUUCUGCAAAUUCCAGUUGACUCCAGUUGGUAAACACCAUACUUUGCUAUUGAUUUGAUUUCCUUAGUGAUCUCAGUACUGCUCAGCAUUCUCACUGGGAGGUGAUCUAUUGGUUCAGUUGCUUUCCUUCCCUUUCUUCCUUGCACCAACAUAAGGAACUCAGCAAGUUAGUAAUCAGGAGGUACUAUAAAUAUUAUCAUUUCCUUCAUGUGUUUAUUGUGGUGAGGUGAGACAUCAUAAAACCUUGUUACAUAUCUUGUUCGUCAAGCUGAGGAAAACUAUAAAUGGAGGUGAUGCAGGAAUUGUUGAAAGCGUUUCCAUCUCAAGCAGUUGCACCUAAAGUACAAAUCUUCUGCUUUGUUUAAGCUGCAAAACAGCAGGACAAUGCAGUGUUUCCUCAACCCAGAGACCCAAAAGGCAGAUAAAUACUGUGGCUGAACUGCUGACAUCUGGCACUUCAAAAGCCAGGUUGCCAUCUGCAUGCAGCCUGUUACUAACAGGCAGGUCAAAUUUUAGGCUGCUUGCCACACUAGCAUGAAAUCUAUAGUUAAACAGUCAGAGUGGAAGGGGGUUAAGUCCAAGGUGAGAGGGUCAGUGAAGGGAUAGUGCAUAGAAAUUGAUUACAUUCUGCCAGCAACUCACAAGAGGAUCUGGUGUAGUGAAAACUUCUUUCACGCCCACCUUUUGCCUCAGUAACUUAGAACAAUCCCGUGUGAAGCAAGCCAACCCUCUCUCUUGCAGAAAUAUUUGGAAAAUAAGCCCAAGGUCAUAUUUGUCCCCUCAAAUGUAUAAAGAUCUAAAUGCCUGUUUUAAGCAUGUUUAUGUUGAAUAAGACAAAAUAAGCAAAGACCAGACUGAAAGUUAUAAGUGUAGAAUACAGUAGUCUAGCUAAUGUAUUUUUAUGUAAACAUUUAUCCAAAAGUUUAACAUUGGGUACAGUAGGGUUUCAUUACCAAACGUAUCUUUCUUUAUAUGUUUCCUUCUUUUAAAAUACUUGGAGAGAUAUAAAUUUGUACAAUAUUAAAUACUCUAUAUUUAAAAAUGACAUACAAGCGCACAGUUAAUUUGCAAUUAUAUUCCUCAUUCAGAAGACAUGCAACCUUUUACACAUUGACCUUUACAUUACUAAACAGAAUGAAUUGAAAAACUGCAUUGCCAGAUUUCUUUAUAUGUAAAUAAGCACACAACUGAAAAACAAUCUAUUUUUUAAAAUGUUUUCAAGAAAAAAACAUUUCAUAUUAAUAUUAAACCAAACAACUCUUCCUGUUGCCAGCUUUAGUUUAUAUCACGUAUAUACCUUAAAUAUAUGCAUUCUGUAGUGAAUUAUCUUUUCUAACUUGGACAUUUUCAGCCUUUGAUGUUCUGUGAUCAAGAAUACUCACAGAUAGAAAUUCCUAUACUUUGUCAGUCCUUUUAAAUUAAAUGGCCACUUGCAAAAAUGCCAAGGUUACUUAUGAAUAAAUACAACCCAAGAAUAACUAAGCACAUUUUAUAAGAUCAGCUUCCACUGUGCAGAAGUUGCCUGGGGAAGGAUGCAUGCAUUAAUUAAGCAUGAAAAUGAAUGUAAUGUUUCCAUUUUUAUUUGUUAAACUGUGGGUGCUGUUACACCCAACCUUUAAGAGAAGUUGCGGACAAACAAGCAAGUAAAUCUGAAAGCACACUACCAUGUGUAUACUGCCAUUUAUUACUGCUAGUGUACCCAGUGAAUGGCUUAUUUUUCUGUGCAAUACACAAUUGAAUAUUUGUAGAAUAUAUACAGUUAAAGUGGUGAUGGUAACAAAUACAGAUUUAAUAUGGGAUGAUAUAUUGCAUUCAUAUUACAUUUAUGAAGUGCUUAUAUAUUGUUCAUUUUAAUGCAUUUCAUGUGCUUUCUUUAUUUUACAUUAAGAUAUAAGGGACAGCACUUAUAAAAGGUCAAAACUGAUUAUCCCAUCCACUUCAGUCACUAAGUGACUAAAAUUAAUUAAAAUAUAGUUUCCCAUCACAUCGAUUUCCAUUGCAAAUUGAAUUGAUCACUGCCUUUUACUUCAUUGACAUCAACUGUAGUCUGUGAAAUUUCGAAGUGAAAAUGCAGGUUAGAUUGUGUUCAGAACGAUAUAUUCCAUGGUGCCAAUUAAUGAAGGGCAUUGUUUCUGAACAUGUUUACAAAUUGGUUCACACAUGUAAAAAGAUGGGGGUUUGUAACAUAUUAAUCAGAGUGGUAUUAUUAGUACAAUUUUUUCAAUUGUAGACUAGAAACAAUGUAGGGGAGCUGAAAAGGUAGGAAGCAUGGUUUGUUUAACCAUCACAAACAGAAGAAAAUCUGCAGAUGCUGGAAAUCCAAAGCAACACACGCAAAGUACUGGAGGAACUCAGCAGGCCAAGCAGCAUCUGUGGAAAAGAGUGAACAGUCGACAUUUCAAGCCGAGACACUUCAUUGAUCCUGAUGAUCACCUGAAACAUCGACUGUUUACUCUUUUCCAUGGAUGACACUUGGCCUGCAGGCUUCCUCCAACAUCUUCUGUGUGUUGGUUAAUCAUCAGGUCUUUUUUAUUGGUAAUCUUAGUUUUGACACUGACAGAUGUACAAAGUUCAAUGCAUAACUCCAGAAUAACAAAAUGGAAAAAGAAGUACAAGUUUGUUACCUGAUCAAGCACUUUACAUUUCCUAAUUAUUUUGAAACGAUCUUGCAAAAACAACUUAGUUAAAAAGACCAAUCUUGUCAGAGUAAGUAAAAAUAAACAUGGGAGAUAGUUCCAGGAGAACAGCAACAACUGAGAUAGUUUUUAUUCAUUGAUUGCAAAUUAUUCAGUAUAGGACAUAGGUGCCCUUUUUGUGGUUUAGACAUCCAAAGCGUUUACAGCUAUUGAUCAAAACCUGAGGUUAUUAGGUCAGUUUUGGUGCUCAUCCUGGAUUGGCACCAGAAUUGAGCAAAGCAUCACAAAUCUUCCAAACAAGUCGCUGCUUUCUCAACUGAGAACAUAAUAAUGAUGUCUAGCUUGGAACAUUAGUCAGCAUGUUGUAGCAUUGGUAGUAGGACAGACAUAGCCUCUUCCCAGGAAUGUUCUGGUUUGAGAUGCCCAUUUAUAUAGGGCCAUUUUAAUCUAUCCCAAUCUAUGAACCCAGAAUUAGCUCCAGCGUAGCAACAUUGCACGAUAAUUUUCUGCUAAAGAAUAUUACACAGUAUCAGGACUGUUGCACUCUUAUAACAGUAAGGGUCAAAAGUGUCAGUAUUCCCAUCAUUUCUUUCUAAAGAAAUUCUAAAAGAGGUGCAAAUGAAUAAAUUUUUUUAUUUGAGAAUAAUGUAUAUGAAGUAACAAAUAUAAAUAUUUGCUCUGAUCAGUCCAAGUAAAUGAAAGGGAAGACAUUGUGAAUUAGAUUUAUAGAUUUCUUUCUUUUGGCCUUUUACAAGUCUAUAUUGUACUUUUAUUUAAAUGAGAGAAUGAGGUUUUGUACAGUUCUGUUUGAAAUUAUGCAAUUAAGUACUUGGUCUAUCGAUCCUCCUCGUUGCACUAAUCUGCCGACUGUCAUGCUUAUUUACUGCUCAGAAUACAUGAAAGUCACUGUGCUGAUUUUGAAUAUGUGAAGUUAUCCUGAAAUUAAACAUAUGCAUAUAAAUACAGAUCAUGCAGCUUUAAUUUGCAAAAUGUGUUGUAUAUGGUUGUCAUAUUUUUUGAUAGUACAACAAAUAUCAUUUAAAAAUUUGUUCCAUGUAUAUAUGAUAAACCAUUGUUCUUGGAAAUCUACUUGUGUAUAAAGGCUUUGCUAGUAUUAUCGCAAGUAUUUGAUACAUGUUAACAGGAUUAUAAGAUAUAUGAAUAAAGGAUGAAGGUUAGUGUCAAUUUUAUGAACAUAUUGCAUUAAUCCCAAUAUUAUAGCUUUCCUAAAAUGAUAUGAAUACUGUUUUAAUAAUUUCUUUUUGUUAAAAUAUGAUUAUACAGUACAAGAUAUUAUUAAUGUAUUAUAAUAUCUGUUCGGUUGCAAUUUAAGGCUUUUUGCAAGCUAGCAUGCUCAUACUUUGUUCAUGGUGGCCAACUGUCAUUUUAAUGUUAUUUAUCCAGUUUUGCUAAAUAAUAGUUUUGCAGUUUGAAUCCAUUAAUAAAUGGCAAGCCAAAAUCAU